AUGGCUUCAGUAAACCAGAAGUCGGACUAUGCCAAUAUUGAGAGUGCUGCACGGAACUUGCUGUCUCUCUUAUCAGCAAGUGUCAGUCAAGGGCAGGUUGAGGUUCCAGGCCAGAGCCAAGUUCAGGUUCAGAUUCAGGGUCAGCGUCCCAGCCAGGGAACUUUUCAGGAAUCAGGAGUCAGGAGGCAGGCCAAUGUGCAGCAGGAGAUGUCAAAGUUAGAGAAAGUACAAUGUGUCUACAAUGUAUGUAGAGCCAUUCAGAUUUUGUAUGACAUGCCUUUCAAUUUACUGCACAGGUCUUUUCCUGCUCUUUUUCGAAGAGAACGAACAAGUGGAAAACGCAGGUUUCCAACACCACUUAAAAUGGUUUCAGCACCAUUUACAAAGGCCACAAAUAUUCAGUUUUAUUUACUCCCAAAACCCAUGACAAGAACUCCACAGGGGUCUCAGGAGCUCAGCCUGUUAAUGGCAGGCUUGGGAAAAUGCAUGAUAUCAGUGUCUGAACACUGCAACCAUGAAGAGAUUUCAGCAAUGCUGCUGCUUGAAUUCCCUAAACUGGAGACUUUGUCUGGUGGAUGGCUGUUUCAUAAGGCAACUGGAGGGAGUGGCCAGAGAAAACUUGUGUUGAUCCCACCGGAGUCUGAAGGCUACACUGCAAAACUGCUUAAGACUGUGUCCAAUAAUGGAAGACACACGAUUUUCAUCGUUCCACUUCAAAAUGAAAUAGACACUACACCACUACCUUCUGAUGCCCCUGAAUUCAGAAAAAUGCCCAAAUCUCAGUGCAAGACCUGUGGAGAAAUUUUACCGUUACAAGUUUUGGCUCUGCAUGUAGACUCUGGUGGCAAGUCUACAACAGAAGAAGUAAGUUUUUCAUAACAUGACACUUAGUUUAUUAAACCUUUCAUUUUCACUGAAUGCAUAUCAAAACAGCAAUUGCUUCACUACUAG